AUGUCUUCUAAAUCAAAUGAUAAGGAUCUUGGUGUACGCAAGAUAAUUUAUGACAAAGAUGGCAAACCAUGUCGCUCUUGUAAUACUUUGCAAGAUUUUCAGUUUGCCACAGGAAAAAUAUCUGCUAAAGAUAUCCAACACAUCAAAAACGGGACAGAAAUAGCAGCAGCAAGUCCCCAAGAAACAAUUCUAAACUCGAAAGCGUAUAGGAGAGUAGACCCUCCAGGUGUCGAGGAACUAGGCAGAUCUUCUUGGAAUCUGCUCCAUAGCAUUACUGCAAAAUAUCCUAAAUCACCGUCAGACGAGCAAAAACUGGAAAUGAAGCAGUUUUUGACUAUUUUUUCUCAUGUAUAUCCUUGUAAUUGGUGUGCAUCAGACUUUGAAAAGUUUAUCAAGGUGAAAGCACCUAAACUAAACUCAAGGGAGGAGUUUGGCAGGUGGAUGUGCGAAGCGCACAACGAAGUCAAUGCUAAACUUAAAAAGGAGCAAUUCAAUUGCGAUUUUUGGGAAAAAAGGUGGAAAGAUGGUUGGGAAGAUUGA